GUCACAUUACCGUGACGGCAGCAUCAGCAAUCGAGGCGAAAGAGAAGCAUCUUUGGUGCCAGGUCUCAUUAACAUUCGCUGUAUCUGGGGCAGAAGCAACAGGACGCGGAAAACCUGUUAGAUUCAGCGGCAGUUGCAGUUUUUGAGAAGCCGGACAAGGCAGGUCAGUUGCAUUUACUAUAAUUCAAGAUGGUGGCAGGAUGUGGUGCCAACUGCAUGAAGUAUACGCUCUUCUUCUUCAACAUCCUCUUCUUUUUGUCGGGGGUGGUGCUGGCGGCUAUCGGCGGUUACACGAUGUUCUCAGCGGAUGCAUGGGCAGCAAGCUUGGAGCAGAACGAUGGGUCAGGUGCAGCUCUGGGCCUAAUCAAGCUGAUAGCGAUUGUGUUCAUCGUCGCAGGGUUCCUACUCAUGGCCAUCUGCUUUUUCGGCUGCUGUGGAGCUAUUAAAGAAGUCAAAUGCAUGUUGGGAACGUAUGCUGUUCUCAUCGGCAUUGUGAUCAUUGCUGAGUUGGUUGUGGCCAUCAGGAUUGGCAUGUACAAAGGAGCGUUGGAUUCCCUCUUGGAAGCUUCAAAAGAAGGAAGUCGUAUUCGUGUCCGAUCGUACGGCAGUGACAGCGACAGUGACAGAUCCUGGGACAAACUGCAGCAAUCGACUCAAUGCUGCGGUGCUGACUAUUGGACUGACUUCAAGAAAGAUGCCAGUGAGUGGAAAAAAAACAACGACGAAAGUUACGAAGUCCCCGUGUCUUGCUGCAGAAUGAAAGACCCCUCCUCCAGCAUAACCACAAGCAACCUCGCUGAUCCAAUGUGCCCCACUCGUCCUACACGCUUGAAUUCAUACAUAGGCACGGCUUGUAAUGACAACGGUGGUCCUUUAACUGGCUUAUUCCGGGUAUUCUUCUUCAGUAUAAUCGGCGUUAUACUUGGACUGAUGGCAAUCGAGCUUGUUGGCAUCGUCUUCGCCAUUUGCCUCAUCCGAUUCAUCGGAGACCCACGAGCAGUACCGGUGUAGAUUGGAAGACGAGGUCCAGCCGGUCAUCGUCCCGGUCGCAUGUCAAGAUCACAUGAUACAACUGAACCUUUGCACAGUUGGUCAAUUGUGGGUGGGAUGACGUGUGAAUCUGGAAAAUAUUACAGUGUGUAUCAUCACUUCGAGAUACCAGACAACAUUGAAAAUUCGAGGCUAAUUACCCAGGCACACAAGGUCUUUUUUUUGCUAGUUUCAUAAACCGACUGAAGUAUCUGGUUUACCCAUACAAUUAACUUCCACUACUACAUUAGGACGUGUACGUGUAUGAAUACUGUUAGAUCGUGUUUAAUGAUUUUCUUCGCGUUUAUGUCAGCGGCAUUAUUUUGAAGAACUGAAAGCACAAGUAUGGCAUAUAAGUGUACAUACUUACAUAUGUAUGGGUGUGUGCAUGUGCAUGUUUAUGUGCAUGUUUCAAUAGUCCAUAUCGUAAUGUUCAUUAUAAGUUAUUGUGUGCCAUCUAGUCUAGUCUUACGGAUUUUUUUACAAUGACUAUUAUCUAUCCAGUUACUAAUAAAUAUUGCUCAAAUUCGUAAAUAUUGGCGUAGUUUUCGACUACAGGAUAAUAUUAUACAAUUAAUACUUUAUUUAUCUCAAACAGGAUUUGUUGUACAUCACUAUUCACGUAGCUGAACUGUAACGCUCUGUGUUCGUUGUAAAGUCCGUGUUGGUAUGUUGACAUCAAAACUAUGUAAAUGUAAUAUUUUCGAGAAUUAUUUUUAUGUCAUUCUUGUUAUUUCGAUUAGUAUUAUAUUUCAGAAGGUGGCCUUAGAUGAUUAUCAAACUCAGGAUAUCAAAAUAGUUCGGAAAGCCUUUCAUCUUUCAUCUUUUUGUACAUGCAGCACAUUUGUUGGAUGCCCUCUAUGCAAGUACUUCAUAAUUUUCUCAAAAUUAAUGAGAAAAGUUCAGUAAAUUCGUACUGUAAACAUCUUGUGUUGGAAAUAAUAGUUAAAAGAAUGCUUGGAAAUUAUGUCACACCCGUCUUCUCAUAACGGCUCCGACCAAACCAUCAACCUAAACAACAGUCAAGGAGUUAGUUGUAAGCGUUCCCAGCUGAUUAGAUGCUCGUAUCGGUAAUUGUGUUCAGCUGCAACAUUCAACCUCCUCCAGGAUAAAUUAGACAAGUUCAACCAUAUGUAUUCUACAGAAAUGUAUACAGACUGUUUGACAAAGGCAGGCACAUACCCUAAGAAUGUGUACUUUGAAAACUUACAAUGAAAUACUUUUGUUUCAGCUAAUAUUUGUUAUACUUAUUUCGUAUUAAGGUCACAUGUUAAUAUACACGAAUAAAUGACAGUGGAGAUCAUGAUAUAUUAAUUUUUUCAUUCACUAUACAUGAAAACAUUUUUACCUGAAUGAAUAUUUGCCACACCUACAUGUAUUCCCAUCAGUUUCAGUAAGGAUAAAGUAUGUUUUAUCUUUCAUUUGCGGUUUAUGUUUUCUUCUGCAUGAAUAAAAAUUUCCAGUCUACUGGUCUUAUGUCAAAGACGUCAAAACCUUUACGGUGUAUAGUCUUAAUCCCUGUCAACUGAAACCUAUCAAAUAGAAGCCUAAAGAAAUUUGAAAGCGGUAUUCGUGUUCUGUAUUAAUUUACACAGGCCAUGAAAUGAUGCAUGCGUAGUUCUGACCUUCCCUUUUCCAACUUUACCCGCUCUAGACAAAUGGGUGUGAGGGAGGUUACAUCAACUAUAAUGAGAUAAUGUCUGACAUCAAAAUAACACUAUUCCCCGAUACAAUGGGUUAGAAGAACUGUUUCUGUCUGGCAGUGGUGACACUAUGUUGGGUAAGGUUCACUGUAAGCUUGAAUGUGUUCGCUGUAGUGUUGGACACUUUCAUUUUCACCCGCUCAAAAUUACAGUGUAAUAUUCGAAACAUGUGCGGUGGGGAUAAAGGUAAAACGUCAACGCCAUAGAAUGCCCAGUCUCGUUAUCCGAUGAAACAUAUUACAAUGGGCAUAACAGGCAAAUUAGCAGUGAAAAUUAUAUGAAUGGAUCACUGACAAAUCCGAUUUGAGUAAAAUGUUUGUUUCGAGAAAUCGGGGCCAGGUGUUUGCAAAGGGAUACGCAUGUCCAGCCCUACCGGUAUCACCCGCCACUGACACAAUUUGCAUAUAAAAGUAAAUGUUUGUUUGCUGAGAACACUUGCCUGUAGUAUAUGCAGUUUUGUAAAUUGAUAAGGAUAUUGUAGUGACACCACGUUAUGUUUGACACUGUAUAUGUACACAUGCACAACCUUUGAGCACGAAUUUUCAAAUCAUGUAUUAAAACAUCUCUGAUUGUUAUCAGUGCCUUAAUUCACGAGACUGUAAUCAAAUGGUAGGCUAUUUUGUGGAUGAAGAACUGUUUGAGUAUAACAAAAGCUAAUAAACAGAAUCAGAUUUGUUGCACAAAUGGCAAUACUUUCAGGUAAAUGUGCACAUGACGCUGGCGUUACUACUUACACAUGGAUGUUUUGCAUAUGUGUACACUACAAUAUUUAUUGAUUUAAAAAAAUAAUAUUUUCAGUAUUAUAUCCGAUAAUUAUAUCAAACUGAACGGUUCAUAAGAACGCUAAUACUACAAGUAAGUCUGAUACGUUAGGCAUACUAUACCAUGUUUGCUAUGUUGUAUUGUACGGUAUUGACAGAGAGAUUGUUUUUCUAGUCAAAAAGGGGACGAAUUAUGGUGGAUUACAGUGUUUUCCCUCUGUGUGUACCUCAUACUGCCAGUCCUCUCUGGAACCCCGCUACGUCAUUCCUGCCUAGCCUGGUAACGUUCUGUCAAUCCCGUCUGGUGCCCUUGUAUGCCAGUCUGGUAAUCCAGGUGUAUCAUCAAUCCAUUAUCAGGUGCUCUUUAUUACAUUAAUUUGACCGUAUGCCGACUUUUUAACCGUUUAUACUUCUAUCAUUUUAUUAUGUAUUUUUAGAUGAGGUUUAGUGUCGUCCCAUAAUGCCGGGUUUUAUUUGUUUUACCGUAGGUAAUGGCAACACAAACCAAUACAGUUAGCUAAUAAACUAUAAGAUCAUAGAUAGAUAGAAUUGUCUAGACUCUAUGUACUGUCCAAUGUGUGCUGUGCGUGUCCUUGCAAAGUGAUAACAAACUUUAUGGAGAUGUACUAAAUAAUGGCAUUUCAUCUUAAAAUACUAUUAGCUGCAUAAGUAUUAUAUGGUACAAACUAUAACAUCUUGAAGUGUUUUGGUUUAUGGUUCAUAAUGUCUGUUAGAAGAAUGCUCGAAGGUUUAACUUCCGGUCUGUAUUUUUCAAUUCCAUUUUUGUAAGGAUUUUAUACAUUGUGUGUUAGCUUGCUUUAUUAACUGUAUAUUAGAAUAAAGCUUUCAUGGUAUGA